CCUCCGUCAGAGACGCGCUUGCGGGUGAGAGUGAGGCCGGGGAGCGACCAUGGCGUCGCUGAAUAGUAGCGCUGUCGUCUGCGUGAUUUGCUUGGAGAAACCCAAAUACCGCUGCCCCGCCUGCCGCGUGCCCUACUGCUCCGUGGGAUGUUUCCGGAAGCACAAAGAGGAGUGCAACCCUGAAACUCGUCCUAUUGAGAGAAAAAGAUCAGCUGUUACUGCAAAAACUAUAAAGCCUGCAGAAGACAAAGAUGAUGAUGACUCUAUAGCUGAUUUUCUCAAUAGUGAUGAGGAAGAGGACAGAGUUUCUUUGCAGAAUUUAAAGAAUUUAGGGGAGUCUGCAGCAUUAAGAAGCCUACUGCUCAAUCCGCACCUUAGACAGUUGAUGGUCAGCCUCGAUCAGGGGGAUAACAAGGCAAAACUCAUGAGGGCCUGCAUGCAGGAACCCUUGUUUGUAGAGUUUGCUGACUGCUGUUUACGGAUUGUGGAACCAUCCCAGGAUGAGGAUUCUUAAGAUGGAUUAUUGUGCUGCUUGUUCAAUCAUGUGCGUGGCUCUCAGAACUUGCCUGCUCCCCCUCCCAGGAGAACAGCUAGUGUGAGGUCCUGAGCAAGGGUGGUGACUUCCAGGGCAUAGGCCACCUGAUGUAGGGUAGGCCACAUAAGUCUUUAUGUCAAAAACUGUGGCAUGGAUUUCGGGCAAGAUGGGGGACACUCAAGGUGGCAAGCCCUUUAUGGAGAGAGAACUUGACAUUCAGAUAGUUGUCUUUAAAUGUUUGAUUUUGGUACAGGUUAGACAUUACAAAUGAUAUCUUUUGUCAAGUUUUAUACCCAUUUGAAUUAAAACUUCCUCAGUGUUGCUAAAUAAAAUCAAGAUGUGAUUCUCUGAUAAAUUGCAUUGUUCAUCCUUAGUUCAUAAUUGCUUGAAAUUACGUUAAAUAAAUCAACAUAUUAAAUAGUAA